AUGAGCUCAUUGCCCAAUUGCUACCCUGAACUUUCCCCAGGCCAAGCGGGCUGGGAAAAGAGCAGCGUAGCCGGGGGCUGGAGGGAUGGACAGCGCAGCGGGGCGCAGACCCUCCCUCUGCGGGGAGACCUCCGCAGCCCCCGAGCCCGGCAGUCAUGCCUUGGGGUGACUUGUGGCCUGUGCAUCCCGCUGCAGGUGCUGCCCACCGCCAACCAGUCAGUGCAGACGUGCUGCCUGCUGUGCCACCAGGAGCGCAAGGAUUGGGGAGGCCCGUCCCACAAUGGCGUGGAAGAAGAAGAGCGGCGAGCAGUGCAGGAGCAGGCCCUGGCGGUCUCGUUAUCCCACACGUCCUGCAAGUCGCAGUCUUGUGGGGGUGGCUCCCACUCCUCCUCCUCUUCCUCCUCCUCCUCUUCCUCCUCCUGCCACGGGAACUCAGGGGACUGGGACCCCAGCUCUUUCUUGUCCGCUCACAAGCUCUCGGGCCUCUGGAACUCGCAGCACAGCAAUGGGGCCACACAGGGCAGCCCCCUCGGGGCCCCCCCGGCUGCUCUAGGCGACAAGCAUCCUGGCCUCGCUCUCUCUCCAGAGUGCGUCAGCCAGGCUCCUGCCACGGCGCCUGGGCUCAAGGCCUGUCCAUACAGCCAUGCGGCCUCCCCCACGUCCAGCGGCGCUGCCCCGGGCUCGCCUCUGCCUACCUCACUUGACUUCUGCAAGACGCUGCCGAAGCAGUUCAAAAGCAUGUGCCGGAGGGCCACCCCGCCAGGUGAGGCCUUCCACUCCUCAGAGCAUCAUCAGCACUCGGACCUCACUGCUCCUCCCAACAGUCCCACUGGCCUCCCCUCGCCGCCGCCAGCGCUGAUCCCCUCCAAGCAGGCGGCAGCCCUAAAGCCAGCGUCAGAGUCUCCUCCUGCUGGCACUGUCUCACACAGCCCGGGAUCAUGUAAGAGCCCUCACCUGCCCCCUGCCAAUGUGCCACUGCUGAAGAUGCCACCUCCGCUUUCGGGUUGCACUCAUCCCUGCAACGGGCACUGCAGUACUUCACUCAUCCCUCCUCCUGCCUCCCACCAGCUGCCCAGCACAAACAGAGACCCCUCUUGCAAAGGGCACAAAUUCCCAAACGGUACCAGCUCCCCCCCGCCGCAGCCGUGUGAGGCAGAUGAGGGGCUCGGGGAGGACGAGGACAGCAGCUCAGAGCGCAGUUCCUGCACCUCCUCCUCCACCAACCAGAAAGACGGGAAGUUCUGUGACUGCUGCUACUGUGAGUUCUUCGGCCACAACGCGCCCCCAGCCGCUCCCACGAGCCGCAACUAUGCCGAGAUCCGGGAGAAGCUACGCUCGCGCCUCACCAAGAGGAAAGAGGAGUUGCCACAGAAACUAGGGCACAGCAGCAGCUCAGGAGAGCCUGCUGUGGACCAUCGCAACGUGGAUGAGCUGCUAGACUACAUCAACAGCACAGAGCCCAAGCCCCUGAACAGUGCCAAGGCGGCCAAGCGGGCACGGCACAAGCAGAAGAAGAAGGAGAAGGAGAAAGCCCAGCUGGAGGCAGAGGCCCAGAAGCGGGCUGAGCGCACCCCUGCAGCCAGCCAGGCCAGGGAGCCAGGCGAGGAGAAGCUGCUGGAGUGGCAGGGGCUGGAGCUGGAGCGGGUGAACAGCUUCCUGAGCAGCCGGCUGCAGGAGAUCAAGAACACCAUCAAGGACUCCAUCCGGGCUAGCUUCAGCGUCUAUGACCUCAACCUGGAUGUCAACGACUUUCCCAAGAAGGCAGCUGUCCUGGAGCAGAAGAACCUGCUCUCCCACCUCAAUGGCUCCUCUGACCUGCAGGACAUAGACCUGGCCCUUGCCCCGCUCAGCCUGGGCCCUGCCAAGAGCCACGCGCUGCUGCGGGGCGAGCUGGGCCCCCGAGUGGUGUCAGAGGAGGAGCAGCGGGACAGCGGGAGCGAGCAGCGGGGCGACGAGGAUGACAUCCCCCUGGGGCCCCAGUCUAACAUCAGCCUCUUGGAUCAGCACCAGCACCUCAAAGAGAAGGCGGAAGCUCGGAAGGAGUCAGCCAAGGAGAAGCAGCUGAAGGAGGAAGAGAAGAUCCUGGAGAGUGUGGCACAGGGACGAGACUUUGCUGUUGCUGCCCCCUGGACACACCAGGCCUGCAGCACCUCGUAUUUCUGUGCCCAGAAGGGCUCUCUGGGGUACUGCUGUUUGUCAGCCAUCUCUGAAUAUGGUCCCCCAAACCUUUGCCCCAAGUGCUGCUUUGCUGAAGUGCUUUGA